AUGGUAAGCACAAACUAUCAAACUGUUAGACUUGAAGAUAAAUUUGGAUAUGGUACAAUGAGUCUUACGUGGACACCAAAUCCACCACCAUUCGAGCAGUCGAUCGAAACGAUCAAAUACGUAACAACCAAUGAUAUUGGUACUAAGCUACUCAAUGCGGGAGAAUUCUACGGUAUGGAAGAUAAAGAGCUUAAUUUGAAGUUGAUCAAACAGUUUUUGGAAUCCAACGAUCCAAAAUUAAAUUCGGAAUUAGUUAUUUCUAUUAAAGGUGGUCUACAAGCGAAUUUUGUACCUGAUGGAUCGAAAGAAGGUAUUUCCAAAUCAAUUGAAAAUAUCAUUUCUUAUUUUCCUCAAGAUAAGGCCUUAAGACCAACUCUUAUCUUUGAAGCAGCUAGGGUUGAUCAAAGGGUGCCAAUUGCAGAAACAGUAUCAUAUAUUGCUGAUUAUGUGAAACAAGGAAAAAUCGAUGGAAUCUCUCUUUCAGAAGUUGGAGCUCAGUCUAUUGCAAAGGCGUCCGACGAGUUUCCUAUUUCUUGUGUCGAAGUUGAAUUUUCAUUGUUGUGUCAAGACAUAGUAAGUAAUGGUAUAUUGGAAGAAUGCUCGAAACGUAACAUUCCACUCAUAGCUUAUUCUCCUAUAUUGAAGGGAUUCCUUACUGAUUAUGCAGUGGAUAAUGCCGAUACCUUCUUAUCCCUGUUACACGAUGACGAUAUCAGAAAGCACAUGGACAAAUUCAGUCCUGAAAACUUCGAACAUAACAUGAUCUUAGUAAAAGAGUUGCAUAAAUUUGCACAUACUAAGAAGAAUACAUCCUUAGAAUCCUUGUCUCUCUCUUGGAUUUUGAAGAUUUCCAAAAUGUCAAAUUUCGAAGGCAUUAAACAAGUAACCAAGAUUUUGCCAAUUCCAAGUGGGUCUACUAAGGAAAGAAUCAAUAAGAAUUUUGGUGAAAUCGUUGACUUGACUGAUGACGAUUUAGCUGAAAUCCAAAGGAUUUGCAAGUCCCAUGAAGUAAAGGGUGGCAGAUACAAUGAGAAAUUUCGUUCCUUAUUGAAUUUAUGA